ACUUGGGGAUUCUACUUGGAGACCAGAAGGAGCACUUUCUCUUUCCACAGAGUCAAAGGCAGACCAGACUGAAUAUUUUUGCAUUUCAGGACGCAGAACUAGAGUGUAACCCGUCGUUCUUUGGAGUGAGAGACUCGUGCGUAAAGCUGUUACGCACGGCACAGGGAGCCACAGAGGAGCUGCAGCACCCCGUUUCUUUUAAAGACUUUGCAUUAGUCAUCUCCAACGCUCUAAAGACAAUUGAAAGGUUUUGAUCUGGUGAGAGAAAGCUGAUUUUUUUUCUCCCCCUUAUUUUUAUUUUUUUUUAUUUCACGCGUAGUUUGGCACCACACCAUUUCUCGUAUGAAUCUCCUCGACCCCUACCUGAAGAUGUCGGAGGAACAAGACAAGUGUCUCUCUGAAGCCCCAAGCCCAAGCAUGUCCGAGGACUCCGCGGGCUCUCCGUGCCCGUCAGGGUCCAGCUCUGACACGGAGAACACCCGGCCGUCCGAGAACGGGCUGCUUCUAGCCGACGGCGUGAUGGUCGACUUCAAGAAAGACGAGGACGAUAAGUUUCCCGCUUGCAUCCGCGAGGCGGUGUCCCAGGUGCUCAAGGGCUACGACUGGACCCUGGUGCCAAUGCCUGUGCGCGUAAAUGGAUCAUCCAAGAACAAGCCACACGUGAAAAGACCGAUGAACGCGUUUAUGGUUUGGGCCCAGGCAGCCAGGAGGAAACUGGCGGAUCAGUACCCGCACCUGCACAACGCAGAGCUCAGCAAAACUUUGGGGAAACUCUGGAGACUUCUCAAUGAAGGCGAGAAGCGUCCGUUUGUGGAAGAGGCAGAGCGGCUCCGCGUGCAGCACAAGAAGGAUCACCCGGACUACAAGUAUCAGCCGCGGCGGAGGAAGUCCGUGAAAAACGGGCAGAGUGAGUCGGAGGACGGCAGCGAACCUACACACAUUUCCCCGAACGCAAUCUUCAAGGCUCUCCAGCAGGCGGACUCACCUGCGUCCAGCAUGGGAGAGGUGCAUUCACCUGGCGAGCACUCAGGCUCUCAGGGUCCCCCGACUCCUCCCACCACCCCGAAGACUGAUGUCAACUCAGGCAAGAUGGAUCUUAAGCGUGAAGGAGGCCUCCGAUCUCUUGCGGAUGGGCCGGUCGGGCGUCAGCUCAACAUCGACUUCCGCGAUGUAGACAUUGGCGAGUUGAGCAGUGACGUCAUCUCCCACAUCGAGACCUUUGAUGUGAACGAGUUCGACCAGUACCUUCCGCCAAACGGUCAUCCAGGCUCCGCUGGCAACACCACGUCCGUCACCUUCACCGGCAGCUACAGCAUCAGCACAGGCGCGCCCGUCAGUCCACAGGCGGGUGGGGCCAGCGCUGCCUGGCUGGCGAAAAGCCAGCAGCAGCAACACACCUUGACCACGCUGGGCAGCAGCAGCAGCAGCAGCAGCUCAGAGGCAGGCCAACACAGAACCCAGAUCAAGACUGAGCAGCUGAGUCCAAGUCAUUUCAGCGAGCAGCAGGGUUCUCCCCAGCACGUCACCUACAGCCCAUUCAACUUGCAGCACUACAGCCCCACAUCCUACCCGGUCAUCUCCAAGUCGCAGCAGUAUGAGUACAGCGAGCACCAGGGUGGCAACUCCUACUUUAGCCAUGCUGGAGCUGGCCAGGGCUCAGGUCUGUACUCAACUUUCAGCUACAUGGGCAGCCCCAGCCAACGACCCAUGUACACGCCCAUAGCCGACAAUUCGGGGGUCCCAUCAAUCCCGCAGAACAGCCCUCAACACUGGGACCAGGCUCCGGUUUACACCCAGCUGACCCGACCCUGAGACCAGGGCCUCUGGCAGACUAUGGCUUCAGUAAUGUACAACCAAACAAAACAGACACUUGAAAAGAAGAGCCGGACUUUUGAUUGGCUUGCUUUGUGCCUUACAAACUAGAUAUAAAUAUAUAUUUUUAGAAAAGUGAAAAAUUAAAAUCCUCUGUGAGGAUUGCUGAUUGUCCAUAUUUCAGUAGGUACUGUAUAUGUAUGAUUUUUUUUCAUGUCCAUUUUCAAUUUGUAUCGCGGGUUUAUGAGGGUGGCGGGGAGGGUUGGGGUAAUUAUUUGUGAUUGUAGAUAUUAAAGCUUUAUAAAUCUCGGGAUAUUAUAGGAAAUGAAGGUUCCAUUACACAAGUGUUGCUCAUUGUGUUGCCAACUAUUUUUGCUUUGAAGCAGAAAUAUUGCAUUACGAGACAUCUCCUUUUACCAUCUGUGCCUUGGACUCAACCCUUUCCUCAAAUUCGUGUUUGUCUUUGUGUCCACAGCUGACAUUACACUUAGCAUCCACCAGCAUGUGUCUGACAGCUACAGGAAAUGCCCUUUGACCUCUGUCAAUGUUCCCCACGAUGCCGGUGUCCAACACCCCUCGCCCCUCUGACCCAGUCGACUUAAUUUAUUUAUUAUCUUUAAUUUUAUUGAUGAUUAAUUAUUUGGCAUGCUAACCUUAUAGCUCAGCAUAUACCUGCCUCUUGUUUCAACCGUGUGGUACUUAAAUGACAUGGUUCAUGCUCUAAUCAUUAUUUAUCUUAUCUAAAUGUUUGUUUUGUGUAUAUGACUCUUUUUGUGCCAUCUAAACUAUUUAGCAAAAUGUGUAUUUGUUUCUUUUUUUUAAUUUUCUUAUUGGAGAAAAGGCUGAACUGGAAAAUGAUGUAUUUUAUUUUUAAAGUGUUAGGUUUUUAUUUUUGGCUUCCGGCUCUGUAAGCUCGACAGACAAUGUCUCUUUCUCUUUUGCUAGUUUGCAUUGUAUUUUGUACUGU